AAACAGAUCCUUGAUAAUCAUCAUCAUCAACAAUUUACAAAACAUUUCAAAAUUCAACAAUUUUGAUGACUGAGUGAGCAAAUAAACUUUUAAUUUUAUUUAAAAAUGUCUUCUGAUACUAAACGCUCAAAAGUUGAGUUAGCUGGACAAGCUGGAGAUACAUUUUCAAAGCUUUUCUAUGAAACAUUAGAUAAGAAGCGCCAUGCUGUAUCAAAUUUGUAUAUGGACCUUGCUACACUAGUUUGGAAUGGCAAUCCCCAUUGUACCAAAGAAGCCAUAGGCAAAUUUUAUGAAUCUUUACCAGUUAGCAGAACAGAAAUUAAAUGUGUUGAUGCUCAGCCAGUGUUUGAAGAAGUUGUUCAACAAACAACUGUUCUUGUUACUGUAUCAGGAAAUAUAACAUUUACUGGAAGAACAUCUAAGUUAUUUACUGAAUCCAUUAUGCUCACUACCCAAUCUGGUCCAAAUGGAAAUGUUUGGAAAAUAGUUUCUGAUAACUUUCGAUUUCAUGAUACUGUUAUGUAGAUUUUCGAAUAAAUGUAUUAACUUAAAUGCUUGUCUUUUAUAUAUAUUGUAAAUAUUAUAUUGAAAUAAACCUUUUUAAUUACUUAA